AUGGCACAGCAGCCGGCCGCCACGGCGCCCGCCGCCGGCUCCACGUCGCCACGCAGGCCGCCGCCGCCGGCCGCCGACGAGGCCGACUGCUGCCUCAUCUGCCUGCAGGCGCUGCCGCCGAUUCCAGGCACGCAUGCGCCGACGCUGCACCGCCGCAGCAGCCCGACGGCGCCGGCGUCGCUCGACCGUGUCGUGCUGCCGGCCUGCUCGCACGCCCUCUUCUGCCUGCCGUGCAUCGUGACGUGGCGCGACGUCAGCGCUCGUUGUCCGCUGUGCUCUGUUCCGCUGGGGCCGUAUGUGCUGCACAACCUGCAUGCUACGCCGUCGGGCAGCCGCUAUGCCUUUGCUGCACCACCCGCACCGGCGCAUGCUGGGCUGUCGGGGGCGCCGCUCUUGCCGCCGCGCCGUCCGCGCUUCGGCGCUCCGGUGCCGCGUCGCAGCGUUGAGGAGGCCUGGGACCUGCAGGUGCGGGAGCGGCGCAGCGCGUACGUCGACGAUCGCUGGGCGCUGCACGUCGGCUCGAAUCGCGCGAGCGGCUACUCUGCCACGGCGUCGCCGAGUGCCAUUGCGCAAAGCAGUGCAGCGCAGGCACGCCUCUCCGCCUUUCUGCACCGCGAGCUCUAUGCGCUGCCGCUCGGCGGCGGCACUGCGACGGGCCUCGAUGUGCCCUUCCUGCGGGCCUACAUUGCCGCACUCGCACGCACCGUCUCGCUGCGCUCCGACGAGGCUGUGCGUCUGCUGCAUGCCUUUCUGCAGCCGCACACCGAGCACUUUCUGCACGAGCUCGACUGCUACAUGCGCAGCAACCGCGGCCUGCGCGAGUGGGACCGCAGCCGCGUCGGACACGGCGUCAAGUAG